AUGGUUUCGAAAUUGCCACCAGAAUGUCUCUACAAAAUAUUUGACGAAUUCAGUUAUAGCCAAAUUGGCAAAGAGAAAAAUAGUUUCACUCAUCUUCAUUCUAUCAUAUUAGUGAAUAAAUACUGGUGUAAUGUUGCCAUUCCAAUACUUUGGCGUAGAACAUUUAAUUGGAUAUAUCAGAAAAAUAAUUAUGGGGAUAAACAUAUUCAUCUUAUGUCAACUUAUAUUUCAUGUUUGCCGGAAGAAUCCAGGAUCAAUUUAAACAAGCUCGGGAUUAAUUCAUCGAUCAUUCAACCAACAUUUCGUUCAAAUUUUGACUAUCCUUCAUUUUUACAAAGUCUACAAUAUAAAUGGUUAUAUAGUUCUGUAAAUAAGUGGUUAGAUGUACAUGUUUCGACGGACAUUAUAGGAGAAAAUAAUGAAACGAAUCCUCAUCCAAUUUUUGUUGAAGAAUUGUGCAAGUUAUUUAUGAAAAGAUGCACGAACUUAUUACAGCUAUCUUAUAAUCAUCUGAAUGAUUUUGGCGAAUAUCCUAUAUAUCCUGUAGUUAAUAUGCCAAGUUUUUCUGGAGCUUCGGAUGCACUGGCGAAUCUUCGCCAUUUUGAUUUUCAUGGAUGUCUAGAUCCAAAUAUUUUAAAUAGUGCGGCAAAGAUAUGCAAAUUCGUUAAAGUGCUUUCAAUUGCUUGUUGUUGUUACGAUAACGAAGGUUUGGCUACGUUUAUUGACCAACAAACACAUUUAGAAAACCUUUCAAUUGAAUUUGAGCAAAAUGGAAUUGAUCUUCCUAAAAUAAGGAAUUCCUUACGUAAUAAAGGGAAAGAUCUUUCCGCGUUGAUGAUUAGACAAAUUUUUUUUCCAUUAGAUAUUCUUGGUCAUAGUCCAAAUCUAACAGGCUUAUUUAUAGAAGAUGGAUGCGAUUUGCAUAGAGAUAUUUUUGGUCAAUUUGUCAAUUGGCAAUUUUUUCAACUCACAAAUCUCUUCCUUGCGAUCAAGAAUGUACAUAUUGGUUCUAUCGUUCAAUUAAUAAAUAAUACAUGUGGAAAUCUCACCACUGUUAGGAUUGUGUGGACAAAACCUAUAGAUAAAGAUAAUUUUAACCUUUACACCGAAACUAUUCUCGUAAGUUGUCCACGCUUGAUCGCUUACCAUGGAUAUUUCGAUGACAAUGAAAUUGGAAAAAUUCCAGAAUUUUUCGAGAAGCAUAAAAAUCUAGAAGAAUUUCACAUCAGUCUAUAUUCACUCACACGUUGUGAGAUCAGUAAUAUGUUGAAAAAGCUUGGAAAAUAUCUGCCAUCAAAUUUACGAGAAAUUUAUCUACCGGCAAACUAUGUUUACACCACUGAAUCCUUGGAAUCAUUCCUUGAAAGUUGUGCAGCAAAAUUGCGUGCUCCUUUGAAACUUACCCUUCGCUGUAGAUCCACAAUACAUGAAGAAAUUCUUUCUCGUUACGUGGAACGAAAAAUUAUCAAGGUAGUAUUUUCAAUGCUCUUUUGUGUAUUAUUAUUUUCUUCCAUCAUUACUGAUCAUGAUUAG